CAGAUCAUCAACUUCCAUUUCUGUCCAACAUGAUCCAUUCUCUGAGGAAGCUGCUUUCAACAAAGGACCGCAUUCUGGCCGUGGCUGCCGCCGGGUCGGCUAUGUUGUACGCCACCAGCACCGGAAGAUCCAAAUGGACUGUAGUGGGAUCGAUUCCUACAACAAUAAGGGAAUCAUUGCUGCUUCCAUGGAAACCAAAGCAAUGGGAUCAAUGCCCCUUUGGAAUGCUUCCAAUGUAUUGUUUUAGUGAUGUUUUGGUGGAGGAUGGAUCGGUGUCUCAACUGGACACAAAGAAAGAAGAUGCUUCUGGUGUCACUAUAGCCGGGGAGAGGCCGGAGCGUACUUAUGCCACUGCAUUUGCUAAGGUUGGCCCUGCUGUGGUUCAUAUUCAUGCUCCUAGUAGGGGUCAUUGCGCUGGAACAAUCAUAGAUAAGGACGGGAUUGUCUUGACAUGCGCUCAUGCUUUUGUUGAUUUAGGAUUAGGAACACUUGUAGAUUCGUAUGAGUGCAAGGUUUAUAUAACCUUGCAAGAUGGCCGGAGACUUGAGGGUACUGUGGUGAAUUUGGAUGUGCAUUCGGACAUUGCUAUUAUCAAAGUCGAUUCUGACACCCCAUUGCCAUCAGCAGAACUUGGUUGCUCAAGUAAAGUCCAACCAGGGGAGUGUGUCAUAGCUGUUGGAUCUCCACUUUCAUUUAAACAUACUGUCACAGCUGGUAUUGUAAGUUGUGCUGCUCGUAAAAACAGCGAAAUGAGACAAGAUGGGUGGAGAGAGUAUAAAGAGUAUAUACAGACAGAUUGCUCAAUCAACCCGGGAAAUUCAGGAGGGCCCUUAGUAAAUAUGGACGGAGAAGUUAUUGCUAUUAAUGUUAGGAUGAUACGAGCUGCUGAUGGUUUGAAUUUUGCCGUACCAAUUGACUCAGUCACUAAAGUUAUGGAUCAGUUUAAGAAAAAUGGGAGGGUUGUCCGGCCUUGGCUUGGAGUUAAAAUGAUUGAGCUUAAUGAUAUGAUAAUCUCUCAGCUUGAGGAAAGAGGUUCUGCAUUUCCAAAUGUAAAGAAAGGAAUCCUUGUGCCUAUGGUAACUCCUAGGUCACCUGGUGAGCGUGCUGGGUUCCGUCCUGGUGAUGUUGUCUCCAAAUUUGAUGGAAGGACUGUUAAAACCGUUAAAGAGAUCAUUGAAAUAGUCGGAGACAGAGUGGGAGAACCCUUAAAAGUUGUUGUGAAAAGAGUGAACGAUGAGCAGGUGAUACUGACUGUGAUCCCAGAGGAGUCAUCUGAUCCGGAUAUGUGA